CACAUCCCAAGAAUAUUAAACUGUUGUGAAGAUGUUUAUCCCUAUAUUCUUCCUCAGUUCUCUGCUCUUGUCCUCCUCCUAUGCCUUGGUGCAGGACUUCUGUGUUGCAGACUUAUCUGCUCCUUUUGGCCCUGCAGGCUACUCCUGCAAGAAGCCUGCCACGGUCACGGUGGAUGACUUUGUCUUCUCCGGUUUAGCUGCUUCUGGUAACAUCUCAAACCUCAUAAAGGCAGCCGUGACACCAGCGUUUGAUGCUCAGUUCCCUGGUGUCAAUGGGCUAGGCAUCUCCCUAGCUCGUCUAGACUUCGCUAUUGGUGGGGUUAUUCCAAUGCACACGCACCCUGGAGCUUCGGAGGUGCUUAUUGUAAUUCAAGGCUCCAUAACUGCUGGAUUCAUAGACUCCGCUAACAAAGUCUAUUUCAAGACUCUUAACAAGGGUGAUGUCAUGGUUUUCCCUCAGGGGCUGCUGCAUUUUCAAGUGAAUGUAGAGAAAUUUCCAGCAUUGGCGUUUGCGAGCUUCAGCAGCGCGAAUCCGGGUUUGCAGAUUCUGGAUUUUGCUUUGUUUGGGAAUGAUUUGCCUUCUGAACUGAUUGAGGACACUACUUUCCUUGAUGAUGCUCAAGUUAAGAAGCUCAAGGCUAUCCUUGGUGGAACUGGUUAAUUAAGUAAUGUCUCUGAAGAUGGACACGGUUUAAUCCUUCUUUGGUUAUGUCAUGGUUAAGCCAUCGUGGUAGUAGGUCCUUUUAUUAAAUAAAAAGAGUCUAGUUAGUGUUCAGGUUCCAAUUCAGCUGUGAUCUUGCUGUAUGCAUUUCUCCUGUGUCAAUCUAAUUGUAUUUUUGUUGUUCUUUUUUAAUAUCCAAUUAGAGGGUUAUAUACCAAUAACAUGUUUGAUUCUAC